AAUUUAAGGUUUGAAGUUUGUAAAAAAAUUUGUUAGCACACUUUAAAAUGGAAUAAGUUGGCAACUGUUUCGAUUAUACUGAAAUACAGCACUGCUUUAGGUGCAGCCAUGUUUUCGCCGGCCUCAUCAUAUUAGCGGAUAUAAGUGAUUGAUCUAUACACAAAUAUUAUUUUUAAAGUGUGAACUAUAUUUUAGAAAAUAAAUUCAACUUUCUUAAAUUGGGGUAAACAUGAAUUUAGGAAGACUUGUAUGUGUUUCCGUUUUCGGGAUAUUAUUAGCUCAUUUAGCUAAGGGCAGUGAACCGGCAACGGAAAAUUUUGCAGUUCCACUAAAUUCUAAAAAUUUCGAUGAGGAAAUGCAGAAAAAUAACCACUUUGUAAUGUUUUUUGCGCCAUGGUGUGGGCAUUGCAAGCGUUUGCAUCCUCUAUGGGAACAACUGGCUGAAAUAAUGAACGUUAAAGAUGCACCAACAGUGAUUAUAUCGAAAGUAGAUUGCACAGAGCAUCAAGAUUUGUGCAAUGAACAUGAAGUCACUGGGUAUCCUACAUUACGCUUCUUUAAACGUGGAGAAACAGGUUCUAUAAAGUUUAAAGGAACUCGAGAUAUGCCCGCUAUUACAGACUUUAUCAAUCAACAAUUGAAUCGUGAAGAUGAAAAUGUGAUAACGAAAGAGGUAGAAGAGGUAAAGCCUGCUUUGUCGUCCACAGGCAAAUUAAUUGAGCUUAACGAAGAAAAUUUCGCUAAACAUGUAUCAACUGGAAAUCAUUUUGUUAAGUUUUAUGCUCCCUGGUGCAGUCAUUGUCAACGUCUCGCUCCUACAUGGGAAGAGUUGGCCAAAGUAUUCGAAAAUAAGGAUUCUGUAAGUAUUGCUAAAAUAGACUGUACUGUGAAUCGUCCUAUUUGCCAGGACUUCGAAGUGAAAGGGUAUCCAACAUUAUUAUGGAUUGAAGAUGGUAAAAAAAUUGAGAAAUACUCAGGAACUCGUGACCUCGAAACUUUAAAGACCUACACUUUAAAAAUGUUGGAUGCAUAUGUUAAUACAAAUGACGCAGAGAUUGAAGUGGUAAACGUUGAUAAUAGUAAACCAGUAUUGCUAACUGCCGAUGACUUUGAAAAGCAUACAAAUGAAGGAGUUUUAUUUGUAAUGUUUUAUGCACCAUGGUGUGGCCACUGCCAAAAGCUUGGUCCAAUAUGGGAGCAGUUGGCUGUCAAAAUGCACGCAAGCAAUAAAAAUGUGAAAAUAGCCAAAAUUGAUUGUACGCAGUCAGAAAACAAAGCAGUUUGCCAAGAGCAGGAAGUCGCAGGCUAUCCGACUUUGAUCUUGUACAAAAAUGGAGAUAAACAGCCGGAAUAUGAUGGGGCUCGUGGUCUUGCUGACUUACAACAUUACAUUAACAAAAUGAUUGGUCAUGAUGAGCUAUAAUUUAAUAUAGUUUUAAAUUUUUCCUGCCAUCAAAGUUGUUCAUAUACAUCUGAUAGAGUGAUUUUUCAAUUUUAGGUAUUCAUUAUUUUUAUUUGGUUCAAUAUUCUUGUUUUUGAAAAUAUUUAUUUUGAUUUUGUUUAUAAAUGGAUAUGGUACCCCUUUAAGACAGUUGCAACUAAAAUAUUUAUUAAAAUAAUUUCUUGAACAA